CACUUGUGGAGGCUAAGGGUCAGAAACGUGUUCCAAGUGGAGAGAAAGCUUGAGCAACGGCAACAAGUUGAAAACGGACAUGUCGCCCACCCAUAGACAGAUAAAACACUCCGUCUCCUCGUGGAUCCAGCGCCCGGUAUUUACCCGCCAGGAAGUUUUCCUGCCCCGCGCAGCAGCUGAAAAAAGCACACCCCAGGGGCAUCCUUCCCUGGCGUUGUUCGUGGACAGCAAGCCUCCCAGAACUGGCCUAGGUCGGGAAGGUGCAGCCACGCGGGAAUCAACGGUUCAGGAACCGGAUCAGUGCAGCCUCGCCAGCAGCAUCUCGGACUUCAGGACUCUAUACUAGUCCUUGUCUAUUUCUGGUAGAGCCGCAACAUCCCACUCCGCAAGAGCAGGGGGCGUGGCCCACAUGAGCCGGAACCUAUGGGGAGGGAGGCUGGGGCGCCGGCCCCGCCCUCCGACGUGACGCAAGUCUCCCGGACAGAGGCUUCGGAGCCCCGGCCCCACUCCCUGCAGUGGCUGUAACAAAACCCAGACCCCCAGGUCCCGGCCAAUGGAGGCGAUUUAGACUGGAGUAGGACCGCGUCUGUCAAAAGCCCGACUCUGCAGCAGCGGCGGAGUCCAGGAGGAGAGCUGGAGCCGCCGCGCUGCCUCCCCGCCCCCGCCGGGAUUUAUUAUUUGGACUAGACAAUUAAGUGGCCCUGAUGAUGUUACCAAGCCCGGUCACCUCCACCCCUUUCUCAGUCAAAGACAUUUUGAAUCUGGAGCAGCAGCAGCAGCACUUCCAUGGUGCGCACUUGCAGGCGGACUUGGAGCACCACUUCCACUCUGCACCCUGCAUGCUGGCCGCAGCUGAGGGGACGCAAUUUUCUGACGGAGGGGAGGAGGACGAGGAAGAAGAGGGCGAUAAAUUGUCCUAUUUGAACUCACUAGCCGCAGCCGACGGCCACGGGGAUUCAGGGUUGUGUCCCCAGGGCUAUGUCCACACGGUCCUGCGAGACUCGUGCAGCGGGCCCAAGGAACAUGAAGAGGAGCCCGAGGUCGUGAGGGACCGGAGCCAAAAAAGCUGCCAGCUGAAGAAGUCUCUAGAGGCGGCCGGAGACUGCAAGGCAGCGGAGGAGAGCGAGAGGCCGAAGCCACGCAGCCGCCGGAAGCCCCGGGUCCUCUUCUCGCAAGCCCAGGUCUUCGAGCUGGAACGCAGGUUCAAGCAGCAGCGGUACCUGUCGGCACCCGAGCGCGAGCACCUCGCCAGCAGCCUGAAGCUCACGUCCACGCAGGUGAAAAUCUGGUUCCAGAAUCGCAGGUACAAGUGCAAGAGACAGCGGCAGGACAAGUCUCUGGAGCUGGGCGCACACGCGCCCCCGCCGCCGCCCCGCCGCGUGGCGGUCCCGGUGCUGGUGCGGGACGGCAAGCCGUGCGUCACGCCCAGCGCGCAGGCCUACGGCGCGCCCUACAGCGUGGGCGCCAGCGCCUACUCCUACAACAGCUUCCCCGCCUAUGGCUAUGGGAACUCGGCCGCGGCCGCCGCCGCAGCCGCUGCCGCCGCCGCGGCCGCCGCGGCCUACAGCGGCAGCUAUGGCUGUGCGUACCCGGCGGGCGGAGGCGGCGGCGGCGGCGGGACCUCCGCGGCGACCACUGCCAUGCAGCCCGCCUGCAGCGCGGCCGGAGGCGGUCCCUUUGUGAACGUGAGCAACCUAGGAGGCUUCGGCAGCGGCGGCGGCGCACAGCCGUUGCACCAGGGUGCUGCAGCCGGGGCCGCGUGCGCUCAGGGCACCUUGCAGGGCAUCCGGGCCUGGUAGGGACGGGGCGAGUCACGCGGCAGGCACCCCAGCGAAGCCUGGCGCCGCGGGACUGAAGCUCGAGAAGGGCCUGACCUAAAGGUCAGGUCCCCUCGUUAAAAAUAUAUAUAUAUACGUCUCGCUCCUCCGGGCUUCGGAUCGCAGCUCACUCGAGGCCUGGGGAAGGGGGCUCAGGGGCAAGGAGGAUGACUGGGUCCGGUCGCCAGGACUGUCUCUGAGGCAGAAACGCCGGCUGGGCGCCGGCGGGGACGAUGGCCCCGACCCUGGCAGCGAGGGGAGUGCAGGCGGCUAGGACCCUGGCCGCGCUUGGUUCUUCCAAAGUGAGAAGGGCUUCUCUCCCUCUGCCUUUCCGCGGCCUCCGCGAAGCAUUGGCGGGGAGCCCAAGGACAUAACAAAUUAAAAGCAUGAAGGAGAGAAAAAUGGGAGUCGUGGCUUGAGAAAUUCCAGGCCCUACCGAUUCUCUGCCCCCUUUGCGGGCCUGGAGCGCCAUAGCACAGUCGAUUUCGUUUCCCAGCUGUCUCCCCUCCGCAGCAGAUACCUCUGUCCAGAUCUCCGGAUUGUCAGGGGACGCAGGAUUCUUCGAGGAAGACCAGCCGAAUGAGAUCAAAAGUUGGGGGUGGGGGGAGGCUGAACAAACUCGAAACCUGGUGGCCCACCGGAGGUGUUACCGGGUUUCCUUUCUGUUUCGUAUUCUGUAUUCAGCACAUGUUAUCUAUCUAUCUAUAUAACUAUAACCACACGCCGUGUACACACCCGCUGCCACACACUACAGGAGUCAAUAAACAAGGUGCAAUAUUUUCAGAUCAUUGGCCGGCUACAGAAUUUGUUUAGCCCCCAAGAGUGGAGAGGAAUCCUUUAAAUAGGGCCAGAAAGGGAGGAAAAGGUGCGAGGGGGAAAGCCAUCCUCCGUGGGCGAUUGCAGGCCUGGUCUCCCAUGAGCCAGGCCCCAGGCUGUAAGUCUGGUCUCUUCAUGGCUUUGUUCAUUAAUUUCUGUUUACUUUUGCGGGCUGGACAGGUCGAAGGCUCAGGGCCAUUUGAAGUCCCUGGCUUUGCAGUUGCCCCUAAGUUUUACCCAGAUGCUUGGACUAGCUGUAUAGACCUGCGUUCGGUCAAGUCUUGUAAUCUGCCCCACCUCGAGGGUCGCCAGGGAAAAGGAAGCCUCGCCCCCAGGCCCAGCUGUUGGCGGCGCGAAAGCAGCCUCUUCCCCGGCUGCAGCCAGGGCUACCAACGCGCCUGGGGGUGCUGCGCUGCGCCCCACCGCGGCCGAGC